AUGCCAAUGCAGGGAAAUAGUAUAGUCGGAAGCGCUAAUAAUAGUUUGAAAAAGUUCAUAAAUGUGCAAGGUACGAUAGCCUCGCGAAAUAACAGUAUUCAGGGGAUUCAGAAUUAUACUUAAAAUUUUAGCUAUAAUAGAGGGGAAUCACCUUAUAGAGAGAUUAUCAUGAAUAAAACUCAGGAUAUUAAAAGAAGUGGGUUAAGUCGAUCUCCUCUAGGGACAAGAAAUCAGGGGCAAAUCCAAAAUUAAUAGCUUUCUAGUAAACCUAUCAAUAAAGGCGAUAUUUUCCUAAAUAAAAAUCUAAAAGCAGAUAGUGCAAUAAAUAAUAAGAACAUAGCGAAUCUAUUCGAGCCCCUUGAGAAACCAGAAAAUUCCAAUAGCGUUCCGCGAGACACAAUGUUUAUCUAGAGAUAGUCAACUUUAAACAAUUCAUCUAUAAAUAGACUAUCAAAAUCUCCACUUAUAACUGCUAAUGAUCUAAGUUUAAGGAAUGAUAAGAAGUUAUAAAAGAUACAUAAUAUCUAUCUUAAAAAUCAGUUACAAUAGCAGCAUCCAGGAUCAAAUAAAGAAUAUCCGAUUUUCCAAACUCAUUAGAAUCCUUAGCACAGCAAUAAUAACUCGGCAAAUCAAUACAUUCACUAAAAAAGGAAAAUAAAGCCCUCCACAGCAGGCAACCCAAGCACAUAAUCGGCUAUACUUAUCAAGUAAAGUAACUAGCAAUCUCACAAUAAUUAACAAAAAAUUACUUAAAAUUACUUUCCGUAUGAUAACAUGCUUUAAAGCAGGUCUAAAUCUCCUCAAAAGAUAUUUGGAAAUAACUCAAAGCAAGCAUAGCUGAAUAACUUAAUGAUGGGGUAGUAGUCCUAGCAAUCAAAUUUACAUUAGCAUUCAGAAGAGUAUAUUUAGGCAUCGCUGAAUUUAACUAAAUAAAUUGAUAGCUUAUUUAAUAAGAAAAAGUUUAGUUAUCAGCCUUUAUCCCAAUAAAACUAGAAUAACUUCAUAUCUCCUUCUUAAUAAGCCUAUCCAAUUUCAAAUAAUAGCAUAUCAAGGAACCUAAGCUAAAUUAAUAGAAAAAUGUCAGAGUAAUCUCCCAUUGACCAAACAAGAGUCUUAAUGAUAGUCCAGAACAACAACUACGACAUCAAUAUUCACAAUUCAACCACAAACAAUCAUAAUACCAAUAAUUUCUUAAAUAAAUCGCACAAUGAUGCUUAGAAUAAAAAAUAGUAAUAGCCUUAAAAUAUGAGAGGAAAAUUUAUAGCUGUUAAUAACAGUACUAAGGCUCAACACAACUCUAGGAUGAAUAAUGACUUAUUGCCUGUGCAGGAAAGAUAGUAGUAGCCAAUCCAAAAGACAAAUAUUACGAUAAAUCUACCAAUGAGAAUGGGUGGAGAGAUCAUGAAUCCAUAGCAGUUGCAAAAUUAACAAUCAUAGCACAAGCUGGGCAGCAAAGAAGAGGCAAGAGAUAAACUAUUAAAGCUACUUAAAAAGCAAUAAAAUUAAGUUGAGGAUUUGAAUAGCACUUCUAUUGAUAAGAUUAAAUCUUAGAAAUAGUAAUCAAAGGGCACUGGAGUUGGUAAUAGUGGGAGCAUUAAGUAAUUGCAGGUUUUGAGUAAGACUUAGAAUUACUGCAUCACAAAAAUUAUUGAUGAAAAUGAUACCCUUGAGGAUGAGAUAUCUGAAAAUAAAGGCUUCUUAGAAAUAACUCAAACUAUUGAGACUGAUUUGAACAACGAUACUAUAGAAAUAAGCAACUUUAAUGAUUAGAUUGAGUCAUCUGAUCCUUAAAUCAAACUCAGAAGAGACUAAAUUCUAGACAAUUAAUUAGUAAUUAACACUCCUAACUUAUAACUAAUAAUGGCGCCUUCAGAUGAUUUCUCAGAUGUAGAGAAUCCUGAAUCAGCAGAUAAGUAGUCAUAUGCUUAAGGCAAUAUAACGAACUCAAGUAAUAAUCGGUACCAUUAUCAACCAGACAUUGAAAUAAGAAUUCAACUUAAAAACCCUACGAUUGAGAGGGAGGAUGUUGUCAGUCUAGACAGAGACAUUUAGGAUGAAAUGAUGAUUGACUUGAGAGAUGAUAACAUGUAAAAUAAGGAUUUAGCAAUGGGUUUAGAUGAGUAUAUAGAUGAUGAUGGUGGUGACCAGAGCAGUUCAAGCAUGGUUGUUAAGACUAGGAAAAAUAAGGUGCAAAAUUUGAUAUUGGAAGAGAUGUAACCUCUCUACUACUUUAAUGUUAAGCCUACUUAAAAUGGAAAUAAAGACUUUGAAAGUAUUCAGUCUAAUGAUGAUACUGUGAAGGCAACAUAGUUUAAUAGUAACUCAGCUUUGAAGGAAGCUUCCACGCCAUUUUUCUUAGGAUCUCCUGUUAAUCCACUAGGUUUGAGUAAUACAUAUCAAUCUCUAACUACUAAUAACAAUAUGGCAAUGACAGCAGCAUUUGGAGGUAAUUUCAUCCUAACUGACGCAGAAAUAUCAGCUAAUAGAAUGAAGCAAAUAAGCAACACUUCUCCAGCUGUAAUGAAGUUUGAUCAUUUGCAAUAUGAUAGUUUUGCUGGCAGUUAGAGAAGUGAGGAAGAUUUUUAGUGA